AAUACGAUUACUUGUAAUAAUAGAGCUUCGGGCACUGCGCAGUGUUAAUCUACAGCACAAUGCAAAUGUCAGCGAGGAUUGUGCAAGUUAAGUUGUGUAGUUAUCAAAAUAUAUGUGUCGUGAAUACUGACGGAUUUAAUUCUUAUAAAAUUUGUUCACUUCAUCAUAUUGACGUUAAUCGAUUUAAGAACGUGCAAGACAAUCUUCGCUCAAUGGAAAGCCGACAUCACCCCUACAAGUUUUUGUAGCUCUGCGCACCCUUCGGAGACUGAUUGAUUGUGCUGCCAAGUUGUCAUGCCUCUUCCACACAAAAGUGUAACCUGUUUGUUAGUGUUACUGCUGUUCACACUCGGUGCAAUAAAUGCUGUUGGUUCAGAGAGGACGUAUUUUCCCUCGGAUGUAACAAUAUGCAGUACAAAAGACCCCAAUUUUAAUAAGUGUUUCACCGACUCUGCAAAUAAAAUGCUAAAACAUCUCUCUAAAGGUUCACGCGAACUGAACGCUGUGCCAAUGCAGCCCCUUCGAGUUCCAUUAAUGAGACUUCGAAGGAACAACAAACUUCUACCUACACUGGCUUUCAAUUUUACUAACACGAUUCAUGAAGGCUGGAAGGACGCUGUUGUGUUACGUUCAAAUAUAAAGCCUAAAGACCGGGAAUUCAACAUGAUCAUCAACAUUCCACGAUACCGCUGGCAUGGCUUGUACGAUGUAACUGGCAGUAUAACUGGCAUCCCCAUGGAAGGCUCUGGGAACAUGGAUUGCACAUUCAUCAAUAUGACGAACGAUAUCCACAUGCGAGGUCAUCUGAAAGAACGCAACGCACAGGAGUUCUUUGUCAUAGAUGAUUUCCGGCAGAAGACGACAGUUGACAACUUGAUGCUGAAAUUCGACAACCUUUUCAACGAUACUAAGCUAUCUGAUACGACUAACAAGCUCCUGAGCGUCAACAGUCCCAACCUCCUGGACGAAGGCAGUGGCGUCAGAGACAAGCUCUGGGGAGAAAUGCACGCAGGGCUAAUGCAGAGGAUCUUCGACAGAGUGCCCUUCAAAGUCAUGUUCCCAGAUCUGGAUUAACCUGCUGGAGGCAAACAGGAAAUUUUACACUGCAGAUAAGUCACCCCGAGGAAGAGUAAUCACUUUUGCAAGAUGGGAUAUCCAAAAAGUUACAAGACGUAUUUUUUGAAGUUGAUGAUGUGAAAGUUUAAUUACUUCUCGAAGAAUAGUUUGUUGAUAAUUACGUUCCUUGAUUUUAAAUAUUUUCAAAUAGUUGUAAGGUAGGAAAGGAAAUUUUUUAUAAAAGGUUUUGAUAUAUACAACCAUUUUAUGACAGGUAAAUAUAAAUGCUUUAAAUAUGUGAUUAUAAUUUAUAGAAUUUUGUGAUUAACAACUUAACAAUCUCUCACGCAUUUCAGUGUUUUAUUCUUUAUUAAAAGAAAAAUAAACGCUCCUUGAAGAAUUACAUCUGCUCAUAUGCAAAACAGGGUAUAUUUUGUGCUGAUGAUGGUUGCACCAUGUUUAAAAUACC